AUGGCGCUGCGCCGCCUCCUGCUGCCUCCUCUGUUGCUGUCGCUGCUGCUGUCGCUCGCGUCCCUGCACCUGCCGCCCGGCGCAGACGCCGCCCGCGGCCGCGCCGCUAACCGGACCCUGAGCGCGGGAGCCGUCGGAGGUCGGCGUGCCGGGGGCGCCCUGGCCCGAGGCGACCGCGAGCUCAACAGCACCGCCCGGGCGUCCGGCGUCCCGGAGGCCGGCAGCCGGCGGGGACAGUCCGCAGCAGUGGCAGCGGCGGCGGCCAGCGCGACUGUUACUUACGAGACGUGCUGGGGCUACUACGACGUGAGCGGCCAAUACGACAAGGAGUUCGAGUGCAACAACAGCGAGAGCGGCUACCUGUACUGCUGCGGCACCUGCUACUAUCGCUUCUGCUGUAAGAAGCGCCACGAGAAGCUGGACCAGCGCCAGUGCACCAACUACCAAAGCCCGGUAUGGGUGCAGACGCCCAGCACCAAGGUAGUGUCGCCGGGACCCGAGAACAAGUACGACCCGGAGAAGGACAAGACCAACUUCACCGUCUACAUCACUUGCGGGGUGAUCGCCUUCGUCAUCGUGGCGGGCGUCUUCGCCAAGGUCUCCUAUGACAAGGCCCACCGCCCUCCGCGAGAGAUGAACAUCCACAGGGCUCUGGCUGACAUCCUAAGACAACAGGGACCAAUCCCUAUAGCACACUGUGAAAGAGAAACCAUCUCGGCCAUCGAUACCUCUCCCAAAGAGAACACGCCGGUCCGAUCAACCUCCAAAAACCACUACACCCCUGUGCGCACAGCCAAGCAGACUCCAGGGCAUUAUGGGAAGGAUGCUUACCGAAGUGGAGGACCAGAUCUCCAUAACUUCAUCUCAUCUGGAUUUGUCACAUUAGGAAGAGGACAUACGAAGG